GCUGCAAAUGACGAAAACAUCAAACUAAAACUCAUUCUUGUGUUAAACUUUUCAAUCUGUGUGGUUUGAUUUGGAAAAUGGGUUCUUACUCCAGCCCACACCAUUCAGGAAAUCCUUCACUUAAAUUCAUGCCCAAGGAGGGGAAGACGAUGAUCAUCCAUCCCAAGGAUCUCACUAUUGUUUGGGGCAACGACAACCGAUACUGGAGUGUACCCAAAAAAGAGAAUUCGUUUGCAGAACUACAGCAGGUGAGCUGGCUGGAGGUGACGGGAGUGGUGGACGACACCACUCCAAACAAGAACUGCGAAGUAGGGUUUCGGGUAUCAUUGAAUCCGGAUGCAUUCGGGUGGGGGAAGUAUCCCAUCUACAUCAUGAUCAAGAAGGGGGGGAACACCUCCUGGACCAAGAUCACCAUAAACCCUAAUCAAAAGGGGGAGUUUGAAAUCCGAGGGAGGUGGAUGAAAGCCGAUCACCACAUCCAAAAUAAUGAUCGCAAGCUCUUCUUCGGAUUGUACGAGGUUUGGAGUGGCAAGUGGAAGGGAGGCCUCAAGAUUCACUAUGCAUAUAUCAAGGACUUGCCAUGAACCACAUCAUGCAACUUUCAUACUUAAUUAUUUCCUACUUUUUCAUGUAAUGCAAUGCUGAGAACAUAUUCUUCUUCUUUUCCGAAGAAUUUAAGGUACAGACGACUCUCCUUUUGUAAUAAGCUUUGCUUCUGCUUCAUCUGGUAAUAACUUUGAACUCAUCA